GACAAGAAGUGGUACAUGGAGAAGCAUCCUCGAGACCUGGCCGCGCUACUGGGGAAGAUGUUUGUGUUUGCGUUUACCUGGUCCAUCGGAGGGAACCUGGUCCGAGAGGACGACCAUGACGAAGAUGCCUUCUCUGUCAGCACCAAGGAGGACUCCGCUGCUGCCGUCUCAUACGACUUUGACAACUUCAUACACGACAAGUUUGAGAUUGAGCCGCCCAUGGGUGUCAGAUUACCCACUGGAAACAAGUCCAUCUUCGGCUACUUUGUGGACAUGCAGACGGGCAACUUUGUGCUGUGGGACAGCCUGGUGCCGACCACACAGUCGCUCAUAGAGAGGGGCCUCACGCACGUUACCUUAGGGGAGGCUAUGGGCAUGUCAGCUGAGCAGAGCCGCAGUAUGGGCCUGGACAGUCAGCUCAUCCCCACUGUAGACACUGUGCGCUAUUCCUUCCUCAUGGCACUCCUGCUGCUACACAAGAACCCAGUCCUGCUCACAGGUGACUCCGGUGUGGGGAAGUCUGCCAUUGUGCAGGACAUGCUGUCCAGACUCACCAAAGACGGAGGCACGGCCACCAAAGGCAGCACCAUCCUGGGCAGCAUCUUCCACUUCGCCGAGAGGUCCUCCAGCAUCCUGGAGAACAUCAGCAGCCUGACCAGCGGCUUUCUGGGAGACAAGCAAGACUCGGGGUCCAUGUCUGACAUGGUCCCCAGCACUGCGGGCAGCACAGUGGAGGUGCUGAGUAUCGGCAGCCAGGGCGUGCUGAGGCCAAAGGUCGGCGUGGGGGUCAUCGCGUCCACAUUCCAGUUCAGCGCCCAGACCUCGGCAGCCAGGACCCAGCAUCAGAUCACCAACAAGCUCAUCAAGAAGGGCAGGGACGCCGUGGGAGGGCCACGGGGCAAGAAGGUUCUUGUGUUUAUCGAUGACCUGAACAUGCCGGCCCCAGAGCAGUACGGGGCUCAGCCCCCCCUGGAGCUGCUGCGGCAGUACCUGGAACUGGGAGGAUUUUAUGACACCAAGAAACUGACCUGGAAGGACGUGCUGGAUGUGACGCUGGUGGGUGCCUGUGCUCCACCGGGAGGCGGCAGGAACCAAGUCAGCGCCAGGCUGCUCAAGCACUUCAGCAUGCUGUGCCUGCCCCAGCCGUCCUCCCGGAGCCUGCAGCACAUCUACCAGGUGCAGCUGGGCAGGUUCUUCGAGAACGGGGACUUCAUGCCGGAGGUGAAGGAGUGCCAGAAGAACCUGGUGUCUGCUGGGAUUGCUGUGUACUACAAGAUGUGUGGCAACAUGCUGCCGACACCCGCCAAGUCGCACUACACAUUCAACCUCAGGGACCUGUCAGAGGUGAUCCGAGGGUUGCUGCAGGCGGACGAGACCGUGAUCGUGUCGCGUGAGACCGCCGCCCAGCUGUUCGCUCACGAGGCCACGCGGGUGUUCCACGACAGGCUGGUGGACGACGUGGACAGGAUGCAGUUUCACGCCUUCCUGUCGGACGACCUCCACAAUUACUUCAAGGUCACGUGGACGGCGCAGAAGCUGUGCCGGGAGCCCGUGAUGUUCGGGGAUUUCCUGGACAUGCAUGCCCCCAGCAGUGUGGGGCGUGUCUACAGAUAUGUGACCAAUAAGAAGAAGCUGGCUGGUAUCCUGGAAGAGUACCACAACAGGCUCACCAUGGGGUCACAGGAGAAACCUCUGGUGUUCUUCACGGAGGCAGUUGAACACAUCACCAGGGCAGCUCGAGUCUUCCGCCAGCCAGGAGGCCACAUGAUGAUGGUUGGCCUGGAUGGCACAGGGAAGGCCAGUUCUACAGAACUAGCCUGCCACAUCUCGCAGUGUGAGCUGUACAAGCUGAACAUCACCAGGAACUACCUGCAUGCUGACUUCAGGGACGACCUGAAGAAGGUGUUCCACAUGGCAGGUGUGCAGGGCAGCAAGACGGUCCUGCUGCUCAAUGAUGCUGACAUCAUCAUGGAAUCGUUCCUGGAGGAUGUGAACAGCAUCCUGAACAGUGGGGAGGUUCCGGAUCUGUUCGACAACGAUGAGCUGGACGCCAUCUCCAUGGAGCUGAAGUCAGCUGCGCUGGAGGCAGGCAUCCCAGACACCCGGCAGGCUGUGUACCAGCUUUUUAUCCAGAGAGUGCAAACGAAGCUGCACAUCGUCCUGGCCAUGAGUCCGGCCGGCCACACCUUCCGCCAGCGUUGCCGGGCGCACCCCGCCCUCAUCAACUGCUGCACCAUCGACUGGUACAACGAGUGGCCGGAAGAGGCUCUGCUCAGCGUGGCGCACGCCUACUUCAGCCUGCUGGACUUUGGUACACAGGAGGGACAGGACACACAGGCCCUUCGUGAAUCGGUGGCAGGGGUCUGUGUGGACAUCCACAGCAGUGUGACCACAGCAGCCAAGCAGUACUACCAGGAGCUGCGGAGGUUCUACUACACCACCCCCACCAGCUACCUGGAGCUGAUCCAGCUGUACUCUCGCAUGCUGGAGUCCAGCAGGCAGCUCUACAUGAACAGCAGGGACCGCCUGCUGGUGGGCCUGUCCAAGCUGUCGGAGGCCAACUCCCUGGUGGGCACCAUGCAGGAGGAGCUGGUGGCGCUGGGGCCCAAGAUAGAGGAGAAGGCCAGGGACACUGAGCUGCUGAUGCAGCAGCUGGCUAAGGACCAGGAGGCUGUGGAUGAGGUGAGGCUGAUUGUGGAGCAGGAGGAGCAGACGAUGGCGAAGGAGGCCAGGAUUAUCGAGGACUACGCAGAGGAGGCCACCAGGGACCUGCAGUCAGUCCUGCCUGCACUGCAGACGGCCAUCACUGCACUGGACGCACUGGACAAGUCCGACAUCUCGGAAAUAAGAGUGUACACCAACCCCCCUGUGCUGGUGAUGACUGUAAUGAGUGCAGUCUGCACCCUGCUGCAACAGAAACCGGACUGGGCCACGGCGAAACAGCAGCUCUCCGAUCCCUCGUUCCUCAAGAGACUCGUCACUUUGGAUAAGAACAGUAUUCCCAACAAGGUGUGGAAGAAGCUGAAGCAGUAUUCUAAGCAUGCAGACUUCACCCCAGAGCGAGUGGGCGGCGUCUCCCUGGCCUGCAAGUCCAUGUGCCAGUGGGUGCUGGCCCUCGAGCACUACAUGGAGGUCUACAGGAUGGUGGAGCCCAAGCAGAAGAAAGUGAGAGAAGCCAAAGAAGCGCUGGAGAUCGCAAAGGGAAACUUGAAGGCAAAGCAGGAAAGCCUUGCAAAGAUCCAGGAUCACCUUCGCAUCCUGCAGCAGCAGUACCAGGACAGUGUGAACCAGCGGGAGUCCCUGCGCGAGAGGAAGGUGCUCACCACCAAGCGGCUGGAGAGGGCGUCCAUUCUCACUACUGCUCUGGCGGACGAGAGGGUGCGCUGGAAAGACAGUGCCCACGACCAGGACGUGAAGCUCCAUGGAGUGGUUGGAGACACGCUCCUGUCUGCUGCUAACGUGGGCUACCUGGGGGUCUUCAACGCCCCCUACAGGAGACUACUGGUAUCGCAGUGGCUGACUAAAUGCCAGGCAGCAGCCAUCCCUGUGUCCAAGGACUAUACUCUGGUUAAUGCACUCUCAGACAAGAACAAGGUGAGGCAGUGGCACAAUGAAGGCCUGCCCCAGGACAAGCACUCGGUGGAGAACGCUGUUGUCAUCAAGAGUGGGCACAGAUGGCCGCUCAUCAUCGACCCUCAGGGGCAGGGCAAAAAGUGGAUCUGUGGGAUGGAGGGAGAGAGGCUGAAAACGCUGCAGGCUGCCGACCCAAACUACCUGAAGAUUUUAGAGAACGCGAUCCGAGUGGGAGAGCCUGUCCUUCUGGAGGAGGUAGGUGAGAGCCUGGAUCCUGGCCUGCACCCCAUCCUGGUCAGGAAGAUCAUCCACCGAGGUGGGCAGGACCUCAUCAGGCUGGGCGACACGGAGAUCGAAUUCAACCAAAACUUCAGAUUGUACAUGACUACCAGCAUGCCCAACCCUCACUUCCUGCCAGCAGUCUGCAUCAAGGUCAACAUCAUCAACUUCACAGUGACGUUUGAGGGGCUUCAGGAGCAGCUGCUGUCUACUGUCGUCCAGCAGGAACGACCUGACCUUGAGCAGCAGCAUGCACAGCUGUUGGAGAGUAUUGCAGCUGAUCUGCAGCUGCUGAGAGACCUGGAGGACAAGUCGCUCAGUCUGCUGCAGAAAUCAGAGGGCCACAUCCUGGAUGACCAGGACCUGAUUGAGACCCUGCAGAGAAGUAAGCAGAUGUCUGCUGAGAUCACCCAGAGGGUCGGGGAGUCGGAGGAGACGGAGAAGAACAUCAACCAGGCCAGGCAGAAGUACCUGCCGGUUGCCACGCGAGGCGCGGUGCUGUACUUUGUGCUGGCUGACCUGGCCAUGGUGGACGUCAUGUACCAGUUCUCCCUGCCCUGGUUCCAGCGCAUGUUCCGACAGUGCGUCGACUACCUCAACAUUAAGCAGUCCCUCGCCCCGGGCACCCCCGCGCGACCCCUGAGUGGUACGCUCCGUCCGCAGAGCGCACGCAGCAGUCCGGACAUCUCCCACCCGGCACCUGCCACUGUGAAAAAGAAGCCAGAUCUCGUUGGACAAGACUUAACAGCCCACCUGAUGAAGAUGAUUGACACCUUGACGGAGUCUGUGUACAAGGUCGUGUCUCAGGCGCUGUUCGCUCAUCACCAGCUCAUGUUCUCCUUCCUGCUCUGCACCAGCAUCAUGAGGAAUAACGCUGUGCAGAGCACGUUGUCUGAGGUGCUGAACAGCCUGGGGGGUCUGGUGGAGAAGCAGUGGCUCAUCUUCCUCCACACGCCCAUCUUCGCCAACAUGAUGGACGCAGAGACGGAGCAGCAAACCGACGGCCUAACCCCCAUGCAGAGGCUGGAGAUGCAGGCAGGGAUCGGGAGCGACCCGUCCAGCCCCAACCUCACCCCGAGUAGCAGCAGGCGCAGCAGUGUCAGCGGCACCACUCCCUUCAUAGGUAAGAGCACGAUGCCGAAGUGGCUGACGGCUGAGAAGUGGCGCCAGUGCCAGUACGUCUGCUCCACCAUGGAGGAGUUCAGCCAGCUGUGCCACAGCCUGGUGUCCAGCCCAGAGCAGUGGCAGCUGCUGCUGCGCAUGGACGACCCCUUCCACGCCAUGGCCACGCGCUACGUUCCUCUGGAGGAGAUUAAAGGGCUCGGUUCCAGACCAGGUUCUGGCAGGUCUGUCAGCUCCAGGCCAGGUUCAGGCACACAGGAGAGAAGCACACACAAGACUUCCGCUAAGAAGGUCCUCUUCAAGUGGGAGGAGCUGACUGCCUUCCAGAGGCUCCUUCUGAUCAAGAUCCUGCAGCCCGAGAUGCUGAAGGCCUCCAUCCGAUCCUUUGUGGAGGAGAAGAUGGGGGUCAAGUUUCUGUCUACGGGAGACUUCGAUCUGAAGGAGGUGUUCGAGGAGUCAGACGCCAAAACUCCUCUCAUCUUCAUCCUGUCACACGGUUCUGACCCUGCCGCGCAGCUGAUGCGGUUUGCUAAGGAGGUUCGCGGCAGCACCCUGCACAUCGACAUGAUCUCCCUGGGGCGGGGCCAGGGCCCGAAGGCAGAGGAGCUCAUCCAGAAGGCUCACAUCCUGAAGGGGCGCUGGGUCUUCCUGCAGAACUGCCACCUGGCGGCCUCCUUCAUGCCCAGGCUCCAGGCCAUUGUGGACAGCUUUAACAAACCAGGUGCAGAUAUUGACCCCCAGUUCCGCCUGUGGCUGAGCUCCAAGCCUGACCCCUGCUUCCCCAUCUCCAUCCUGCAGACAGGGUUAAAGAUGACUGUGGAGCUGCCCCAGGGCCUGAAGGCUAACCUGCAGCGGUCCUUCGGCAGCGGAGGGUCGGGGAUCGUUACCGACCAGCUUUACGAGGACGCCAAGCUGGGCCCCUCCUGGAAGAACCUGCUGUUUGGACUCUGCAUGUUCAACGCUGUGGUGCACGAGAGGAAGAAAUACGGUCCACUCGGCUACAACAUUCCGUAUGCUUUCACUUCCUCUGACUUGGAGGUCUCCCUGCAGAUGCUGCAGGCCCUGAUGGUGGAGGAGGAUGGGACGGUCCCCUGGUCGGCCCUACUGUACCUAACAGGGGAGGUGGUGUACGGGGGCAGGGUGACCGAUGCGUGGGACAGGAGGUGCCUGCACAGCAUCCUGCAGAGGUUUCUGUGCCCCGAGGCCCUGAACCCUGGAUACUCAUAUUCAUCUGAUGAGUUAUACAAACCAUUGCCCAACUCCUACUCCCUUGCUGAGUCGCGAGCAUACAUCGACGCCCUGCCGAACUCAGACUCUCCGGACAUCUUCGGCAUGCAUGAGAACGCAGAGAACGCCUUUCUCCGCAGCGAGGCUUCGGAGCUGAUCGAGACCAUCAUCAGUGUGCAGCCGAGACUGACAACUACUGGUGUCAUAGGAUCUGGGAAGAGCAGUGAUGAGAUUGUGCUGGAGGUGAUCUCGGACAUCUCCCAGCACCUUCCUGAGACUGUGGAGCAGGAUGAGCCCGUCACCGCCCGGGACAGAGAUGCAGGGUCCCGGGACAGAGAUGCGGGGUCAGGGGGUCGCACCACGCUCAACACCAUGUUCGCAAGCAACCAGGCCGCCAUGAGGAAAAAGAGCCUAGAGAAACAGGCCAGGGGGGAAAAGGUAGGCCAGGAGGACCCUGAUGACCUGAGUAACUCGGCCCUGGUGACCGUACUGAGGCAGGAGAUCGACCGGUACAACCGGCUGCUGGCCGUGGUGCACUCCUCGCUAAGGUCUCUCACCCUGGCCGUCAAGGGGGAGGUGGUCAUGUCGGAACACCUGGAGGAGGCCUACAACUCCUUCCUGGUCCAGAGGGUGCCCGAGAAGUGGCAGGAGGCAGCGUAUGAGUCGUGCAAGCCCCUGGGCUCCUGGGUGAAGGACCUGGCCCAGCGGACAGACUUCUUCUCGACCUGGGCUGACCUGGUCAUCAGCAACAUGGAGAAGAAGAUGGGCAUCGGCCGGCCGGUCAGCAAGCCGUCCGCGCUGUCCCUGGACCUGGGGGAGGGCGAGGUCACCAGGGACGGACCACGCAGCUUCUGGCUCUCUGGGUUCUUCUUCCCACAAGGUUUCCUGACGGGGGUUCUGCAGAACCAUGCCCGGAAGACGGGCGUGUCAGUGGACUCCUUGACCUUUGACUUCCACGUGAAGACGACCGGCCACGACACCGAGGAAGCUCUGAACGACACAAAGCAGGGGAUAAGUGUCAACAACUGGGCCUUUAAGCAGGGACAGCUGCCCCCCGAGGCGGGUGUGUUGGUGUUUGGGCUGUACCUGGACGGGGCUCGCUGGGACCCGAAGUCGGAGAGUCUCCAGGAUACAGUCACCAGCCAGCAGUACUCCAGGCUGCCGGAGAUACACUUCGACCCUGUGCAGGUAACAGUAAGCCAGCUGGAGAGGGAGGCCAGUUCCCUGUCUGACAGCAGCCCAGCAGCCCAAGCAGAGCCCAGCCAGCCGGCCCAGAAGCGGAUCUACGAGUGCCCGCUGUACAGAACCUCCCGGAGAGCGGGAAAUCUGUCCUCGACUGGUCACUCCACCAACUUCGUCACAGCGGUCAACCUGCCGAGCCUGUCCACCGCAGACCACUGGGUCACCAGGGGCGUGGCCAUGCUCUGUCAGCUGGAUGAUUGAGACUUUAUUUGUUUGUUUGUUUGAUUGUUUGUUUGUUUGUUUGUUUGUUUGAUUGUUUAUGUUUUUGUUUGUUUGUUUGUUUGCUGUAAAGCUGUGAUGAAUUUGUGGACUCUGGGUGUUCUAAAAUAGUUGAAAAUGUUUGUAUUCAAAUGGUAAAAAAGAGAUGGUAAAAAUUUGCUUCAGAUGAAUAUUUCCAGGUUAGGACAUGCGUAACAGCAUUCUGGAUUUCUUAUGGGUUAUUUUUUUUACUUAGAUCGUAGGUAUGAUUUAGAAUGUUUUUCAAUGACAAGAAUAGUUAUCCGUCCUAUGAGCCCUUCUGUCCUUCCAUGUCUUAUACAUUGUACUUUAUAUCAUAGUCUACAGGAUAUAGAUGAGUAUUGUAUACAUGCCCAUUUCAGAGAUUUUAUUGUCAUCUAAUGCAUGAAGUACUUGUAACUUGUACUGUUUUUGUGAUGUUAAAGCAUUGUAAGAACCAUAUUAUCUCUCAAUGGAUUUUGUUUGUUAUUCUAAAGGUUUAACACAUUGCAGUUACAGGUACUGUAUCAUGUUGUACAGUGUAAAGUGCUAGAAAAAAGUAUAUUGAGCGGACUAUUAGUUAACGUGUUUCUCAACAGCCAAAGUUGCUCCAUGUUGCCCUAUUCAGGUCUGAAGUCCUGUGCGUUCCUUUUUGGGACGGUCUAACUUAUUGAAAGAAUGCGCAGAUAAGCAAGUGUACUGUAAGGCUAACUAUUAAAUGUGUAUAUAAGAUCUGUACAUGACUGAAAACUAAAGUGUUUGCCAUCUGUACAGGUCUUUUAUCAUCCAUGUGUACAUAAUAUGUAUGUUUAUAGAAACAUAUUUUGAUUAAUGAUUGUCAAUUCUGCCUUUGUGAGUGAAAUAAAAUUUGAUAUCUUGGGCAUU